CUCGAGGUCUUAUGAAAUCGAGGCUCCGCUUCCGCAUGUCUUUGUUGCGCUGCCAUGAACUUGUGCGAGGCUUAAGUAACCCGCGUGAGUGAUUGCGCGGAAACUCAUAGUACAAAAUUUUCCACUCACCUGAGUACUCGUCCUGCGGCCGAAGCAGUUCCGUGUUGGUGCUGGUACCUGGCUGGAACCCAAGCUCCCUUUUGUGCAUAAUUUUAACCCAAACUGCAGUCCUUCCUGGCCAAGUGCAACGGCAGUGACCCUGGUGAACAAGCUGUGCUCGGUGCUCCCCCAUUCGCCGGAUCCUUGCUCGUCUACGAGGAACAGUGUCGGAUCGGGACGAAUACCCUAAAGCAGCUCCCAUUGCGAUAGGACAAAACAACGAAAUCGACAACAACAAAACGUCACUCUCGAGCGGAAUUCGCAAAACAAAAACAACAACGCCGAAGCGGCCACUACCCCGACUACGCACGAAGCGCUCGACGAAUUAGCGAAAACGAAAACGGCUCGCGAUUGGCUUGCGACGUGCAGGGCGCGAAGCAACAACAAAAACGUUAGUAGUGCAAGCGGCGGUGGGCUUGUGUGUGUUGGUUCGGUGCGCUCGCUCGCUCCCACGUCGGAAUUGGCGAAUUUGCAACGUUCUCGCGCUCGAAAUCCACGCUUCCUCGUAUGUGCGACUCGUUUUCAAUGUCAAUGUGUUAAGUGCACAAAUUCUUGGUGUUUUCAUUUUCAACGGCACAGCCUGAGCUUGGCCUGCCGCCCGUCCCGCUGCAGCUCGUCUGCGCUCGUGUGCAUGCACAAUCGCCGGUCGUCGGUGCAUAUGAGCCGCCUUCGUGCUGGAAAGCUCGUGGCGGUUCUAGGGGCGCUAAGUCGCCGCUCCACCAGUUGAAUCUUGUGCUAAAAACGCUGUUUUGAUUGUUGUUUAUUCGCUUCUCCCCAAAGCCGAUAUUGACGGUUUUCUGCUCGUCCGCCUAUUUCUAUUUUUGCCGCCGACGACUCACCCUCUGCCUCGCGGCGCGCAGCAGUUGAUCACAGUCAAGUUCAUUGCAAAUAGUUCACCCGUUUGCGGCCUCGGCUCCACUCUCGGCCCAUUCGCGAAUCUAACAACCAAACCAGGAAGUGCGUGUGAAAAAUCGGGUAAAGAUAAAAGUCGCCGCGCAUUUCGGAUCCAAGUCAGAGGCACAUCUCCAACCGUCUUAAACUCAAUUAUGAAAAUAAGCCGAGGCUAGAAUCAAAAAUUGUUAGUCAUAUACAAUUAGUCCUAAAAGUGAAAUGUUAAAAGUGAAGUUGCAUGUAACGGCCUAUUAUCUAAACUACAAAUUGAAAACGGUGUGACCUGAUAAAAUACCUAAACUCGACGAAAAUGGCAGCUGCAUCCUCAAAUAACGUCACAAACGCAUCUCACCUCACAACUCCUGUGGCGGUGGUUGCAUCAUCGUCGACUGCAGCCCACGAUGGAGGAUUAGUUUCAUCACACUUGCAUUCGUCACAAAUUAUUUUAAGUAAUCUUCUGCCACCAGCCACAAGUAUACGUGGAGGUGGUCAUGGGGGCUCUAUUUCAAUUCAUUCCUCGUCACCGGUGUCUUCUGCUAAUUGCCAUCACAUUACAUUAACUGACGCAAAAACUGGUGCUGAAAUAGUUCCUUUGCUAAUCAAUAGCCAUCAUGAUCAUCAACUAACUCAUCAUCAUGAGAACUACCAGCAUGAUAUCCUUGCCGAUUCGUCGACUCUUAUUGAUACAACGACGACUUCACCAAUCAUUACAACAACGACAGCGAUAUCUGACUCGGAACAUGAACCACAACACCAUCAUCAUCAUCAUCAACAAAUGCUCAAUAUCAUCGAUGACUGUACAGCAACAUCAUCGACACCAAUUACAACAUCGACCCUAGUUCAACCACCGCCUCUUUCAUCAACAGUUCUGAGUUCUUCGCACCCUGUGUUGAUGAAAGUUGAACCAAGCGUUUCAUCAAUUUCAUCAAUGUCCAAUCACAAUAACAACAACACUAUCAUUUUCGAAACAACCACUGAUCCGCUAAUAGGGGUAGCUGUCUCGCAGUCCUCCCUGACUACUCUAACUUCAGAAGCGCCACCAUCAACAGAGUUCCUACAACAAUGUCCUGAGACUCAGUUGAAUAAUAUUCAUAUAAGUGAAAAUCGUGUAAUUGUGACGCAAUCCACGUCAUCGGGAAUGUCCUCCGGAUUAAUUCAGAACUCGAAUAACAACUCCUUAGAAGACGCUAAUAGAGAAAUGCAUGAUUUGAAUAGUGUAAUUUGUGCAGCCAUUGCAACCGAUAGUUGCGGUCAAUCUUCGCAUCAAGUGCACCCCCAGCCGCAAUCUCAGCCGCCGCAAAAGUCCAAGCGUGAAGAUAAGAGCUGUUCCACAGAUAACCUAAAUUUAAGUAUUAGCACUAAUGAUAAUUCCUUAUCUUCAAGUAGCGGUAAUUCGGAUGAUAUUGAUUUGAACGACGAGAAAAUGUUGGAGGAGGGUGGAGGUUACCAGGAUAAUACCUCGUCUAAUUCACAACAAAGCGGAGGAGGUGGUAGUGUAAGUGGUGGUGUCGCGGGUGGUAUCGGUCCAAACAGUUAUGUAUCCUUAAUACAACCGUCGAUCGGACAAAGCGGCGGUGUCGUUGGAGGACAUUCGGUUUCGGGUAAUUUAUCGGGUGGACCGGGUAUCGGUGGUCAUGGUGGCGGUGGGGGUGGUAUAAGUGGCGGCGGCGGUGGCCCACAUCAUGGUGUUGCAGGACAAACCGGAGCCUUGCAAACUAGCAUUUCGGAACAAACCGAUUUUAAGUACCUAUUCGAGGAACUAUGUCCGGUAUGCGGUGAUAAAGUGAGCGGUUACCAUUAUGGACUACUUACAUGUGAAUCUUGUAAAGGAUUCUUUAAAAGGACUGUACAAAAUAAGAAAGUUUAUACGUGCGUCGCGGAACGUCGUUGUUUGAUCGAUAAAACUCAACGGAAGAGAUGUCCGUAUUGUCGGUUUCAAAAAUGUUUGGAUGUUGGAAUGAAGCUAGAAGCUGUUCGAGCAGACCGUAUGCGCGGAGGUAGGAAUAAAUUUGGUCCAAUGUACAAACGAGAUCGGGCGCGAAAGUUACAAAUGAUGCGACAACGACAACUCGCCCUGCAAGCAAUUAGAGGCUCUAUGAGUACGGGAGAUCUAAAACCCGGUCAAAUUUCACCAACAGGCUAUCAACAGUCGUAUCCUAGUAUGAGCAUUAAGCAAGAAAUCCAAAUUCCACAGGUGUCGUCAUUAACACAGUCGCCUGAUUCGUCACCAAGUCCCAUAGCAAUUGCCCUCGGGCAAGUCAACCCUAGUACAGCGAUUGCAGCCACAACCCUGAGCGGUAGCUCGACAAAUACAACGACGGUUAGUGGGGCCGGAGGUGGAAGUGGGAGUUGCGGUCCAGGCAGUGAUAAUGGUUCCUCCUCGUUGCAACAUUCAGCCGACUCGAAGAUAUGCUUCGAUUCCGGAACAAACCCAUCGAGUACGGCAGAUUCAGUCAGUACGGUAGAACUUAGGGUAUCACCUAUGAUAAGAGAAUUUGUACAGUCAGUAGAUGAUAGAGAGUGGCAAACACAAUUGUUUACACUAUUGCAAAAACAGUCCUAUAAUCAGGUUGAAGUGGAUCUCUUCGAGCUUAUGUGUAAAGUUCUUGAUCAAAAUCUCUUCUCGCAAGUGGAUUGGGCGAGAAAUACAGUCUUCUUCAAAGAUCUCAAGGUUGAUGACCAAAUGAAAUUACUCCAAUUUUCAUGGUCCGAUAUGUUAGUAUUAGAUCACUUACAUCAACGGAUACACAACGGCCUGCCAGAUGAAACUCAACUGCAUAAUGGUCAACUAUUCAAUCUUCUAAACUUAGGUCUUCUGGGUGUUCCACAAUUAGCUGAUUAUUUCAAUGAAUUACAGAAUAAGUUGCAGGAAUUGAAAUUCGAUAUGGGCGACUAUGUCUGUAUGAAAUUCCUGAUAUUACUUAAUCCAAAUGUACGAGGAAUUGUUAAUAGGAAAACCGUUCUAGAGGGACAUGAAAAUGUUCAAGCAGCACUUUUGGAUUAUACACUGACAUGUUAUCCUUCAGUUUCGGAUAAAUUCAGUCGCCUACUAAACAUACUGCCCGAAAUCCAUGCAAUGGCUACACGAGGCGAAGAACAUCUCUACAUUAAACAUUGCGCCGGGAGCGCACCAACACAGACCCUACUUAUGGAAAUGCUGCAUGCAAAACGAAAAGUGUAAAUAAAUGUUAACCAGGAGUUUUAAAAACCCACAUAAUCGCCGCCAAUAAGAGUUCAGUAGAGCAAGGAUUAUUGUAUAUUUUUUUAGUUUAGUUUUAAUUAUAGGCUUAAUCGGAUAUUGGCUGAUACAGCCCAAAUUACUAAUUAAUUUAGUUAAAGUUAUAAAAAAAUUGUGAAAAGUGGAAAUAGAUUAGUGAAAUUUAAGCUAAAAGAAAUAGUUUUUUCUAUUUUUAAAAUGUUUUCUUUUCUGUACAGGAAAAAUUUCGUUUCGAUUAUGUUGUAAUUAUUUCGUUUUAUUUUUACUUGUAACUAAAGUCCAAUCCUGUUAAUAUUAUUUUGUAUUAUUUAAUUGAUUACGUUGUAUAUAAUUAUUGAUUAACCAUGCACCCUACAAAGAAAAAAACAAGAAAACAAAACAAAAAAUCAACACGUGAGAAACGACAAACCGAAAAUAAUUAUUAAAAAAAAACCUUCUGUAAUUAUUGUGGUAAGAAAAGAUUUUAAGUUCGUCCAAAUAAUUAAUGAUGUUCAAAAUAAUAUUAAAAAAAAUGUAAAAAAAUCAAGUUAUCAACAAUAUAUUUACCUUGUAAUUUAAACUGUACAUUACUAUAUAUAACUAAUUAAAAUAAAAUCUGUAAAAAUUCUAGAUGCAAGUAAUAUUUACGUUAAAUUUAAAAGGAAACAUACACACACAUAGUUCAAGAUAUAAGAGAAGAAGAAAUUAGUUUACAAAUUAAAAUCAAUUUGUUAAAGCAAACAAAAUAAAUAAGAGGAUGUUAAUAAAACGUUUAUAUAUUUUAAUACUAAUUUUUGGAAACAUGUAAAUGAAAGAAAACGAAAGGUGAUAAGAGAGAUAAGAAUAAGAUGAGAUAGAUAGUGUUGUUUUUACCAAGACGCAAAUAGUGAUCCAAUGAUUUUUAAUUUUAUUGUUUUUUUUUUUCUAUAAUUUAUGUUACCAUUUCAUCUCAGAGAUUUUUCCUUUAAUACUUUUGUUUUGAAAGAGACAUGUAAACAGUGUAAAGCUGAAAAAGGAACAGCACAAUUAGAAUCUUUUAUUUUCAACAAAUCGCAACUGGCAAUUGCAAGAUAAAUUACAGGAUAUGAAAGAGAGUAACGUUUAGCAAGAAAAAGAAAAUAGAAAAAAAACCCAUAAAUUUUGUUUGGCUUGGGAGAUGAGGGUGUGACUCGGUGGAGGAACCUUUAAUUCUGUUAAGUAUUCGUUUACUAUUAUUUUUCUUUCCUUUAUAAAAACAAAAAACAAAAUAAUAUACUACUGUGAUCAAAAUUUUUAUAUUUGUAUUUAUUUCUUAUAUUGUUAUUUUCUAUGUUGUUAAGAAAUGUUAAAAAAUAUUUCUUUUUCCAUUUGAUUUUUUUUUUCUAAAACGUUUUCAACCCAAUAAAAUGAAAAUCUCAUGAUGAAUGUAAAAAGAUGGAAAUGUUUUUAGUGAUUGAUGUCUUACCGUAAGUUUGCUUCCUUGCACAUGUACCUAUUGUCAUUGUUUUCGAUUUGUUGGGUUGCUUGACGAAUCAACAAUAAUGCAUUAGUGGUUUCUUCCACCGUGUGAACGUUCCAGUAAACUUAUUACCCGAACUAUUAAUGAACAUGAUAAGUGUGUAUGGUUAAGAAUCGGUGAAUUGAUAUACAUAUAUACUUGCAGGUAUAAUUUGUAGAAAGCUUUUUUGUUUUUGAGUAAAUUUUAAAGUGAA